UACGGCAGAGGAGACUGGGUGCAUAUAAUUGGUCUGGAAGCUAACAAUUAAUCUAUUCUAGGUUGCGCUGAGCUAUCUAGCCUCCUAUAGAACCCUCAGAAAUUAUCUGACCUUGUAAAACAAUAUCUAUUCGGCUCUAUAAACACCGUUUAAAGAAGUUGCAUUGUACGACCUUAUUCCUUAAGAUGUUUACUGUUAGGGCACUUGCUUCCAGAGUGAAUCAUCAUCUGCUGAAGUCCCAGGUUGCAAGUCUGGGUUUGCUUCAUACAACUGCCAGCUGCAACGGGGCCAAAGUUGCGGUUGUGCUGUCUGGAUGCGGAGUUUAUGAUGGCACAGAGAUCCACGAGGCCUCAGCGGUCCUGGUGCACCUGAGUCGGGGCGGUGCCGAAGUGCAGAUGUUUGCUCCUGAUGUCAAUCAAAUGCAUGUGAUAGACCACAGCAAGGGCCAGCCGGCCGAGAAAGAAACCCGGAAUGUAUUAGCGGAGUCGGCUCGAAUUGCCAGAGGCAACAUCUCCGACCUGGCCAAACUCAAUGCUAGCAACCACGACGCUGUCAUCUUCCCUGGAGGAUUUGGGGCUGCCAAAAACUUGUCAACGUUCGCUGUGGAUGGAAAGGACUGUAAAGUAAAUAAAGAUGUGGAGCGUGUUUUGAAGGACUUUCACAAAGCAGGGAAGCCUAUUGGGUUGUGCUGCAUCUCUCCAGUUUUGGCAGCAAAGGUUCUGAAAAAUGUGGAGGUGACAGUUGGACAUGAGGAUGAGGAGGGGGGAAAAUGGCCCUAUGCUGGGACAGCUCAGGCUAUAACAGCACUCGGAGCCAAACACGCAGUCAAAGAAGUGACCGAGGCCCACGUUGACCAGAAGAACAAGGUGGUGACCUCCCCGGCGUUCAUGUGUGAGACGAAGCUGCACCUGAUCUUCGACGGCAUCGGGGCCAUGGUGAAAGACGUCCUCAAACUCAGCGGCAAGUAACCGACCGCCAUGGAAACGCCACGCGACGGCUCAGACGACAACUGCUUCUCCGCCUCACGUUAACGAUGAGUUCGAUGAAUUAAAACAAGCGUUUUGUUUUAAGUUCAGCUUUGCUUUAACAGUUUGUGUGAUAAGCCGUAGAAAUCACUGAAGCUGUGACUUUGAAGCUGGAGUGAUUGUGGGUUUUAUAUUCUGGGAGUGCUUGGCGUUGCUCACUCCUUUGCUUUAAGAUGAAGAAUUGAAACACAAGAUUGAAAUCAAACCUAAAAAUUACUCUCUUUUUUUGAGAAUACAUUUGUCAGUAUUUAUUAACGUAAGGCCAAUGUGUUGUCAAUGAGAAAACAGAGCUGUAAUAUUAGAUCAGGCUCAUUAAUCAAAUGCCUAUUUCUGCCUAUCGUGGUGUUGUAGCUAUACCUGUUACACAGGAGAUGGCGCUCUUGUGCAACUGCAGUGACCUUCUGAACAAGUUUUUGAAAAGGAGAAUGUUGCUUAGCACAGUAAGUUUUGAGAGAGAAUUUAUUUUUGACACUGAAAAAGAAACGUACUAAAUUGCAUUUUACAUCCUGUGUUUGAAUUGUAAGCUGUCCUUAACUGUGUAAGUAUCAUAAUUAGCUCUAUGAGAUGAGUUUUUGAAUCAUGGUCAGAAAAUAAUUAAAUUUCAGCAGUUUAUUGAGUUAUAAAAUCAGGCUGCAAGCCACUUAUGUGACUUUACAAAGUAACUGUGACUUUUUGAUGGAAUGGUAUUCAUUUUGAUCAUUGCAAAUAAAUAUUCAAAAAACAAUCAAUUCUGUUCACAG